AAAUAUCUUGUGACCAAAUAUUUGCAUAAAUCCUUUAAUAGCAGGUAUUUUGCAAUCGUUGUUUUUGUGUACUUUAGUUUAUCUCUAGUCUUUUGCUCUUUAACGUUUAAGAAGCAGUAAUGUAUCAUGAAACAAGCGCAUACCAGAAACACGAGACGCCCGAUUAUAAAUAUUUGCGAAUAUUCCUUGGAGUUGGGGUUGUUAAACUUGUGGUCGGUUGUGUCUCAGUGUUGCUUGGUGUUUGGGCUGAAUACAUUCGGAUAAAUUCCGCUCAUUCUGAUUACUUUGAAGUGUAUUCCCCACUAUGGUGCGCCCCGUUUUUCAUUGUAGCGGGAGGCAAAGGUGUCAACCUUAGUUGUAAACCUAGUGAUAAAAAGAUGUUUACAACUAUGAUCCUGGCCAUUGUAUCUGGUAUACUGGGUUUAGUAAUGUAUGGCUUUGAAUUGGUGGAUUCAAUACAAAUGGAUGAUGUGUAUUUUGUAUUGGAGGAUGACCAUGUAGCAUUAAAGAUACUUCAUGGAAUCCUGACAGCUUUGGGUUUUCUAAACUUCUUGUUUGCGAAAGUUCUUGUUGCGUUCUGUGCAGUGGAAUAUUGCAAACAAAGAAAGAAGCAACGAACAUACAUCGAAAGUUCAAGGACACCUUUGCUUGGUUAUGGUGAUUCGUGUAGCAGAAGAUCAUUCGAUCCGAAUCAUAUAGGUGUAGAGGCUUACCCAUACACCAACUAUACUUCAACGAGAGGCCAGGCGGGUUCCUAUGCAGGAAGUAUUCCAUUCAAAUCAGAUGCAUAAAAGUGAAGCUUCCAACCAAGUUAAUUGUUAAAAUUUAUUAUAGUGUUGUUUCAGUUGUUAAUAAAUAAUCAAUGUGCAAUUUA